UUCUAAGUAACAGCAUGGCGGGGGACAGACUACAAGCUGACAUUCUGCACAAUUGGGGUCUUUUUGCCGGGAAAGACAAGAUGGAGGCGCCGUCGCAGGAAGUGCAGCUCGCCGCGGCCAAAAAGCCAACAGUGCGAGGACCUCGACGUGUAGCCAAUCAAAUCCCUGAUGAAAUAACCAAUGACCCCGAGUUAAAGGAGGCCAUGAAAGUGUUACCUGCAAACUACAACUUUGAGAUCCCAAAGACUGUAUGGAGAGUGAGACAAUCCCAGGCUACAAGAGUGGCUCUACAGCUUCCGGAGGGCCUGCAGAUGUUUGCCUGUGCCAUCGCCGACAUCAUUGAAAGGUUCACGGAAGCAGACACCAUCGUGAUGGGGGACGUGACAUACGGGGCGUGCUGCGUGGAUGACUUCACCGCCCGGGCCUUGGGAGCUGACUUCAUGGUGCACUAUGGCCACAGCUGUCUGGUCCCCAUAGACUCCACCGGCGGCAUCAAGAUGCUCUACGUCUUUGUGGACAUCCAGAUGGACAAUGCACACUUCCUGGACACGGUCAAGUUCAACUUCAGCCCCGGACAGUCCCUGGCGCUGGUCAGCACCAUUCAGUUCGUGGCUGCUCUACAGGCUGUGAGUGCCGCCCUCAAGACGGACUAUGACGUGGUGGUCCCGCAGUGUCGACCUCUGUCACCGGGGGAGAUCCUGGGCUGCACCUCUCCUCGUUUGGACCGCAAUGUCAAUGCCAUUAUUUAUCUGGGAGAUGGACGAUUUCACUUGGAGUCGAUCAUGAUUGCAAAUCCCGAUAUUCCUGCCUACAGGUAUGACCCGUAUAGUAAGGUCUUCUCCAGGGAAUACUACGACCACGAGGCCAUGCGCGCCUUAAGGCUGGAGGCCAUCGACAAGGCUCGCUCAGCCCAGAGAUGGGGCCUCAUUUUGGGCACGCUCGGGCGUCAGGGAAGCCCAAAAGUUAUGGAGCACCUGGAAUCAAAGCUGCAGUCGCUGGGCAAGAGCUUCACUCGAGUCCUUUUGUCCGAGAUUUUCCCCAGCAAGUUGGACCUGCUGCCCGAUGUCGACGCAUGGGUCCAGAUUGCGUGUCCUCGGCUGUCAAUCGAUUGGGGCUCGGCCUUCUCCAAGCCCCUGCUGUCUCCCUACGAGGCAGCGGUGGCUCUCCAGGAGAGCACCUGGAAGGAGGUCUACCCCAUGGACUACUACUCCAAUCAGAGCCUGGGGCCUUGGACCCCCAACCACCAGGACCACCGGCCCGUGCGGGCGCCACGCACCCAGGCUCAGAAAUGCUGCCAGCCAGGCAAGGUGUGCACCCAAACGCAGUGCGCCCCCGGUGGCUGCUAACCAGACGGCAUUUUACUCUGAAAGUGAGCAUUGGUGCAGGAAGGAAAAGUGCCAUAAAGAAUCCGUCGGUGCUCGCUGCUGCAAAUAGAUCAAACCCUGCAUAUAUUCCAGAGAUAGACCCCCGUGCAGAGCUCAUGUUUAUGAAUGCAUGAGUCACUUCCAGGUUUC